AUGAAUUCAGUUCAAUUAUCAGGAACAACUAUGACCUUUGUUAUUGUUGAAGGAUCAGUCAUAAUUGUAGCUUCUGUUGGUGAUUCACGUUGCAUACUUGAGUCUGCAGAAAGAGACUUAUAUUAUCUAUCUGCUGAUCACAGACUUGAAUGCAGUGAAGAAGAUUGUUUGAAGGUUAUUCUUGAUAUUCUGGAAAUGCUAAAAAAGCCUGAUGUCAAUGCAAUGCUUCAUCAAUUUGGAUUCCAGGUGUGUAGUCUCAAUUAAUUUUAUAGUUCUUAGUUUUUUUUAAUGAUUUUUUAUAGAAAAGUUUUAUGUUCUCCUAUAGUUGCAUUAUGAAUUGUAUUUGGAUCCCUUCACAUUAAUUUGGAUUCUAGGUGUGUAGUCUCAACUAUUAUCUUUUUUGCCAUAUAUAAUAUUCAUUAUAUUAAUUUGGAUAUGUGAUUCACAAGUAAAUCACAUGUGUUUCACAUAUUAAUCACAUGUAAAUCACAAGUGAAUUACAUAUGAAUUAUGUAUAUAUAC